CCGACUCGGCUUGUGUAUUCCCUCUGACAAGCAGCUAUGGGAUUAGCAAAAUAGUCCAGAGAUGUGUAGCUAUCUCCUUGGUCACCUCAGAAAACAUUCUUAAUUAACCCUGCCCUUUACACCACUGAUAUGGUGUUACUGUUCUGUACGAGCGCUGCUUUUUAUUACACUGUUUUACGGAAGAAUGUCAAUAUAUGUGGCUUUAAGUAGAGCUGGAAAACGAACUUGCCCCUGAGCUAACUGGCUAGCCCGUUAGCAGGCUCGGCUCGACGACAUAAUAGGCUACUGUGCUUCUGGGAACACGGUGUGCUCGUCGUGUCAGUUCAACCCAACGCUAAUCGAGGAUAGUAUCGGUGAUUUUCAGAUAGUAUCUAUGGUCUACUUUAUCUUUAACGAUUGCCUUUGUUGUGUGAUCAUCUGCCCUGACCGCGGGAUGGAGUGGCACUAGCUUAAUUUGCGAGCAGGCGAGCAAUUUAGUCAGUCCCUAGUGUCUUCGCAGCGUUAGCAGAGCACUGCUCUCAUUGUGCCGGCUAAAAAUACACUUCUUGUCCCAUGCUCAGUGCGCCUCCAAAAGUGGUGGGCUAGUCCACAUUGGACUUCUCUUCGGCUUUUCUGGUCACCUUGCUCCAAAUUUGGCCAUCUACAUGGUCACUACAGUGAAUGUAAGACGACUGGAAGAACGAGUCGGACCCCGAGGUUGUGAGCCCUGCUGGCCUGAUCUAACGUUAACGUUACAUCGUACCGGCUGGUGGGCUUCAGGUCUCAAGUGAACGAAAAUUCGGCUUUGGCUGAUCGGUGGCCGAAUAUCAUUUUUGCCCCAAUGGCCUUGUACUGUAAUUAUUGGUAAUAUAACGAGCCUUGGUCCAGCCCAGGGUUGAAGGACCGAAAGUUUGUGAAGGUCAGAGAAAAACGCUUUGUGUCUGCUGUCUGAGAUUAGGGAGGCAGACUUCAUCUGUUCAGAGCACAGCACCAUGUCGGAGGAUAACAACGCAGACAAAUUCAUCAAGGAGACAUCCAUUCUAGACGAGUACAACAUAAACUGGACACAGAAGUUGGGAGCCGGCAUCAGUGGACCUGUCAGAGUUUGUAUGAAGAAGUCAUCUCAGGAACGCCUGGCCCUAAAGAUCCUCAUUGAUCGCCCCAAGGCCAGGAAUGAGGUGCGUCUCCAUAUGAUGUGUGCCAACCAUCCAAACAUAGUGCAAAUCCUGGAGGUUUACGCCAAUAGUGUUCAGUUCCCGCAUGAGUCCAGCCCGAGAGCGAGACUCCUGAUUGUUAUGGAGAUGAUGGAGGGUGGCGAACUGUUCCACAGAAUCAGUCAGCACAGGCACUUUACUGAAAAGAUGGCCAGCCAGGUCACUAAACAGAUCAGUCAAGCCUUGGAACAUUGUCACUCCCUAAAUAUUGCACAUCGCGACCUGAAGCCAGAGAACCUGCUCUUUAAGGAUAACUCUCUGGAUGCCCCUGUGAAAUUGUGUGACUUUGGCUUUGCCAAAAUUGAUCAAGGAGACUUAAUGACCCCUCAGUUCACUCCCUACUAUGUAGCACCUCAGGUACUUGAGGCUCAAAGACGACACCAGAAAGAAAAGUCUGGAAUUAUACCUACCUCACCCACUCCUUAUACCUAUAACAAGAGCUGUGACUUGUGGUCUCUCGGUGUGAUCAUCUACGUGAUGCUGUGUGGCUAUCCUCCGUUCUACUCCAAGCACCACAGUCGCACCAUCCCGAAGGACAUGAGGAAGAAAAUUAUGACGGGCAGCUUUGACUUUCCUGAAGAUGAGUGGAGCCAGAUUUCGGAGAUGGCCAAGGACAUUGUACGCAAGCUGCUGAAGGUGAAGCCAGAGGAGAGGUUGACUAUUGAGGGAGUCUUGUCUCACCCUUGGCUCAACUGCACUGAGGCACUCGACAACGUGCUGCCUUCCGCCCAGAUGAUGAUGGACAAGGCGGUAGUUGCAGGUAUCCAGCAGGCCCAUGCAGAGCAGCUGGCCAACAUGAGAAUUCAGGAUCAUAACGUCGGCCUGAAGCCUCUAAACUCUGUCAACAACCCAAUCCUCAGGAAGCGGAAACUGCUAGGCCCCAAGCCCAGUGACGGUUUCUUCAUUCAUGACCCAGAGAAUGGAGGGGAAGACUCCAAUGUGGCUCUGGAAAAAUUACGAGACGUCAUUGCACAGUGUAUACUACCACAAGCUGGAGAGAACGAGGAUGACAAGCUGAAUGAGGUGAUGUAUGAAGCCUGGAGGUUCAACAGAGACUGUAAACUGCUGAGAGAUGGCCUGCAGGGGCUUAGCUGGGACGUAUUACGAACUGGGUGUCUUGGGCGACAUUCCGGGGAAAAAUCACAUGCGGCGCACAGUUAGUGACCAUUUUCCAUCACCCAGCAGUGGUUGGUCCACCAAAGAGGGAAGAUCCUUCUCCGAUAAAGUUGACCGCUUGAAGUUGGCUGAAAUAGUGAAACAGGCCAUCGAAGAGAAGACAAAUCUCCAAGAAUCUAAUUAGCAAACGCUGUCUUUCUAUCUUCUUUUUACUUUGUUUAUUAUGACCCUUUUUUAACCCAUAUCUGUAAAGAGGCUUUUUUUAUGUAAAAUGAUGCGCUAAUUUUUUUUUUUUUUUCAUGAAUUCACUUGCAAGAGCUAUUGUACAGCUGUAGAUAUAUUUCAAAGAGGACUCAUUGGUACUAUACUUUUUUUUUUAAAUGGACACUUGCAACGAACAUUGAAAAAAAACUAUAUUUUCAUUUUUGCAAAAAAGAGAAAAGAAGAGAAAAAUCAGUUAAAGAAAUUAUUUUCUGGGAGGGGAUUUUGUCCAAGGCGUCACGUGUUUUAUCCCAGUUAUUUCAUUUUAUUCUGUUUUCUUUUAACCAUCAUAAGACUUUUAUUUAUUUAAACAAAGAGUUCCAUUAUUUUAUACUUUACUUGUAGCCUACCAGUGGACUCUAGUCGAGAGAAGCUGUCUACGAUGUGACUUUGUUCUUUUACACAAACUCUUGAUUCUCAGACUGCAUUUACAUUAUAUGAAUCUUUGGUUUUUUUUGUAACUUUCCCUUGACCUUUUUGUUGUGUAGAGUUCAAGGCAGAGUGGACAUUGAUGUAAAAAGAAAGUGUCAUGAAAUAGACAAAUGCAGCCCCAAAUUCAUCUUGUCGCAACCCCUUUUUUGAAGCUGAUUUUGAAGCCGACUGAAUAGUCAUGAACACUAUGGCUCAUUUAGAUCAAUGUGUUUUGACAAAAAAAAAAUCUUAAGGUCCACUUACUAGCUUUUUUUCUUGGAGCUUUUAACUGUCUUUCAGUCUUCUUUAGAAGAUGCCGUGUUUCCAGAUAGGGUUGAAAGCUCCAGUUGAGUUAAAACUUUCUCUCAACUAGAUCCAUGAAGGUUUCACAAACUCUUGAGUUCAAUUCAUACAUAUGAAGUGCUGAUACUGCUUGUCAGCUCCUGAAGUUUGUGUCUGGCAAGUAAAAUGAAGUGAAUUAUUUUAUAUAAAGGCAUUUUUAUACGUCUUCCCAUUUCUGAUUCUGACAGGUCUUAAGUUCAGUCUUCGGUUAAAGUUGUUGAUCUGUGAAACUGGCGCAACAUGAGCUGCUUUGAUGUAAAGUUGUAUCUAGUGGAAUUCAGACCAGAGUCAGUUAAUAUUUAAGUCCUUUUUAAAGCAAAAGUGGUUGCUACUUAAACCAACAGAGACACAAAAACACCGGGCAUUUUUGGUGCAAUGUAGUCGAUGUCUUUAUGCCAGAAAAGAUCAGAAGAAGGGUUUCAGCCUCCAUUAGCAGCAACAAACUUGCAGUGCUACUGAAUGUGCAAUAGGGCAAUCAUUUAAUUAUGUAUUCAUAGUGCAUGCAUGUACAUGGUAGUGAAAAAAAGAUGUAUCAAUUGUCAUUACAAUGGUCUGAAUACCAGCAAAUGCUCCCUCCCUUCGCUCAUCCACUUCCUUUAGUUGUUAUUAAUAUGUCCUUGAAUAGCCGAAAUUUCUGUGUUGAGCCAACAAAACGGGGCUUAGAUGGCUGAAAGUGCAAGUUCUCUUGUUGAGUGCCUGAUUAUAUCUGUAAUAAUGUUAUUUGUUUGUUUUGAAAACCCUCAGAAGUUCAUGAAAUUCCCUUUUGAUGAGGUCUUGGCUUUAAGCAGAACAUAUUUUCAUGUCCCGAUUACUGCAUUAACCAUGUGUUUUUUACCUUAAUGAAAAGAUAUAUAAUAUUCUGAGUAAUUAGCAAACAUUGGUGCAAUAUAUUGUUGCUGUCCAGUGACAAACUUGUAUCUCCAAUUUUGAGAUAAACUAAAGGAUCAGGUGUUUCUUUGUUGGUUGAGAAAAUUUUCUUACGCUUAAUAAACCAUUUUAAAACGUAUUGCAUUAUUAUGUAAAAUGUAUUGUCACACAGAUAAAAACAUGCCUGUUUUUCUUAGCUCACGAAUGAAUUAACAUUUUGGAGACAGGACAGUGAUAUGUAAGCUGAACUGUUUCACACCAUUUGUAACUGUCAUGAAGGAAAUAGUCUAUUAUUUCAGUUUGGUUUAAAAACAAAAAUGUGAGCAAAAGCAAUCAUUACUAACAUGAUUCUGAGAGUUCAUUUUGACUUGUCUGUCUUUAUGGUUUGUCAGACAGUCUACCAUAAAAGGUUAACGAUAACCACAACUUGUGUUUGAAAAGGCCUUAAUAUUACAUGGCUAUUUUUACGCUCAAAUGGAAAAUGUGGGCGGCAUCUUCAUCCUUUACUGCUCACUAUGAAUUACAGGAUAAAGGGGAAACUCUGAAUCAUUUAAUUAGUGUUUGAUACUUAUCCUUUUGGCUGUGAUUUGCUUGUUUUCAUUCCACAAAUCUGUGUAUUGGUUUGGCAACAUUUUGUUGAUGUUAAUUUAUUAUAGUUAUAUAUUUGGGGGGAAUGAUGUCCUCUAAAAAGGAAGAGUUUCAGUGCUGGUGUCUUAUAUUUAACGGGAAAAUAUGGGAGUGGUAUCAAUCUUCCCAUCUACGCUGCGAAGCUAAUCAUAUUCCCCAAAAUGUCGAACUUUUGCUUUAAUA